AUGCGUAGUAUCGGUGAUAUUCAGCAGCGGAAUGCACAUUUGCAGGCGCAGCUCGAUUUUUUCCGUCGGGAGAAGCAGGACGAUGGCUCUCGCGAAGCGGAUACAGUGGCGGAAUUUCGUCCGUUUUCUACCGAGGUAGAAGCGGCAAUGAUACUGGAUAAUAUGAAGACGUUAGUCUUGGAAUCGUACAGUGGAGAUUUGGAUCCUAAGGAUCAUCUCUUGUACUUCAACACGAAAAUGGUAAUCAGUGCAGCGUCGGAUGCAGUGAAAUGCAGGAUGUUCCCUUCCACAUUUAAGUCGACGGCGAUGGCGUGGUUCACAACUUUACCAAGAGGUUCGAUUUCAAAUUUUCGUGAUUUUUCUUCAAAAUUCCUAGGGCAAUUCUCUGCGAACAAGGUUCAGCAGGUGACGAUCAAUGAUUUGUACAACAUCCGUCAGCAAGAAGGCGAGUCUUUGAAGAAAUUAAUGGCGCGAUACAGCACGACUUCUAUGAAGGUGGAGGACGUCGAGACGCGUUCUUGUGCCUUAACCUUCAAGAACGGUUUGCUGCCGGGGAAGUUGAACAGCAAGCUGAGCAGAAAACCGGCUCAAUCCAUGGCGGAGGUGCGCGCUCGGGCGAGCACGUACAUUCAAGAUGAAGAGGAUGAUGCGUUUAAACGCAAGCGCGCGAAAAUAGAAAAGGAUGGAAUGUCAGUUAAACACUCGAGAAAGGAUAGGUACGGUGGCGAGCGGGGUGAUGGGAACCGGCGUAAAGAAGAAAAAGCGAAGACAACGGUGAAACCUACUAGAAAGCAGUUGUACCCGCCAAGAGAAGAUUAUGAGCGUCGACGCCCUUGGCUAUCGCAAGGCUAUCAACGGCGUGAGGAAAUGGACAUGGUGCUUAACACUCGUUCCGAGGGGGCAAAGGGACAAGCCUAG